GGCCCCUCCUUCUCGCUCCUCCUUGCCCCUCAGCUCGCGCGCGCUGUCCCGGUCGCGCUCUCUGCCUCGCGCCGCACUGGGAUGUUGACGGCUGCGUCGGGAGGCAGAUCCCGGCUCGGCGAGGCGGCGGCCGGGGGAAGCCAGUGAGGCAGCCACAGCCCCCGCCGUAGCGCUCAGAGAGCGGGCGGACCCUCCCUCCUUCCUCCCGCCCGUGCGCUAGGCGGAGAGACUGCGAGGAGCCCGGGGUACAACAUGGCGGAGCACUCGGCCCCCGACCACAGGCACAAACCCGCCAACUCCGCCGGCUCCUUGGCGCUGGGGAAUAGCCGGCCCGGGACGGGCAGCGGCUCCUCCGCGGCGGCUGCCGGCGGCCCCCCGGCGGGUGGAGGCGGCCUGUCGGGGGGCCUGUCGCAGCCGGCGGGCUGGCAGUCGCUGCUCUCCUUCACCAUCCUCUUCCUGGCCUGGCUGGCCGGCUUCAGCUCCCGGCUCUUCGCCGUCAUCCGCUUCGAGAGCAUCAUCCACGAGUUCGACCCCUGGUUUAACUAUAGAUCAACACAUCACCUUGCAUCCCAUGGGUUUUAUGAAUUUUUAAAUUGGUUUGAUGAAAGAGCAUGGUAUCCACUGGGAAGAAUAGUAGGUGGAACUGUCUACCCUGGAUUGAUGGUGACAGCAGGCCUUAUACAUUGGAUUUUAAAUAUGCUAAAUGUCACAGUCCACAUAAGAGAUGUAUGUGUAUUCCUAGCACCAGUUUUUAGCGGCCUUACAUCUAUUUCUACUUUUCUGCUCACCAGAGAACUGUGGAACCAAGGAGCAGGGCUUUUAGCUGCCUGUUUUAUUGCUAUAGUUCCAGGUUACAUAUCUCGAUCAGUAGCAGGAUCCUUUGACAAUGAAGGCAUAGCUAUUUUUGCACUGCAGUUCACGUACUAUUUGUGGGUGAAGUCUGUGAAAACUGGGUCAGUCUUUUGGACAAUAUGCUGCUGUCUAUCUUAUUUUUAUAUGGUCUCUGCAUGGGGUGGUUAUGUUUUCAUCAUCAACCUUAUUCCACUGCAUGUGUUUGUGUUGCUGUUGAUGCAGAGAUACAGCCGGAGGGUCUACAUAGCAUAUAGCACUUUCUACAUUGUGGGCUUAAUAUUAUCCAUGCAGAUACCUUUUGUGGGCUUUCAGCCAAUUAGAACAAGUGAGCACAUGGCUGCUGCAGGUGUGUUUGCACUGCUGCAAGCCUAUGCCUUUUUGCAGUAUUUGAGAGACAGACUAACAAAGCAAGAAUUCCAGACCUUGUUCUUCUUGGGUGUGUCACUAGCUGCUGGUGUUGUAUUCCUGAGUGUCAUCUAUUUGACAUAUACAGGUUACAUUGCUCCAUGGAGUGGCAGGUUUUAUUCACUGUGGGACACCGGGUACGCGAAAAUUCACAUCCCCAUCAUUGCCUCUGUGUCUGAGCAUCAGCCUACAACAUGGGUUUCCUUCUUUUUUGAUCUGCAUAUUCUCGUGUGUACUUUCCCAGCAGGGCUGUGGUUCUGUAUCAAAAACAUCAAUGAUGAAAGAGUCUUUGUCGCUCUGUAUGCAAUCAGUGCUGUUUACUUUGCUGGUGUGAUGGUUCGUCUAAUGUUGACUUUGACUCCAGUGGUCUGUAUGCUGUCAGCAAUUGCUUUCUCCAAUGUGUUUGAGCACUAUUUGGGUGAUGAUAUGAAGAGGGAAAAUCCACCAAUAGAAGACAGCAGUGAUGAGGAUGACAAAAGAAACCCAGGGAACCUAUAUGACAAGGCAGGUAAAGUGAGGAAACACGUAUCUGAACAGGAAAAAACAGAAGAAGGACUGGGUCCCAACAUCAAGAGUAUUGUUACUAUGUUGAUGCUGAUGUUGUUGAUGAUGUUUGCUGUCCACUGCACUUGGGUAACUAGCAAUGCAUACUCCAGUCCUAGUGUUGUUCUGGCUUCAUACAAUCAUGAUGGCACUCGGAACAUCCUGGAUGAUUUCAGAGAGGCAUACUAUUGGCUAAGACAAAAUACAGAUGAACAUGCUCGAGUAAUGUCUUGGUGGGACUAUGGCUAUCAGAUAGCAGGAAUGGCCAAUCGGACUACUUUAGUUGAUAACAAUACCUGGAACAACAGCCACAUAGCCCUGGUGGGAAAAGCAAUGUCAUCAAAUGAGACAGCAGCAUAUGAGAUCAUGAGGAGUCUGGAUGUGGAUUAUGUUUUAAUUAUUUUUGGAGGUGUGAUUGGCUACUCUGGUGAUGAUAUCAACAAGUUCUUGUGGAUGGUGAGAAUAGCAGAGGGCGAGCAUCCCAAAGAUAUCCGGGAAAGUGACUACUUCACUCCACAGGGAGAGUUCCGCGUAGACAAGGCAGGUUCUCCAACGUUGCUGAACUGCCUCAUGUAUAAAAUGUCCUAUUACAGAUUUGGAGAAAUGCAGCUGGAUUUUCGGACACCACCAGGAUUUGAUCGCACACGCAAUGCUGAGAUCGGCAACAAGGACAUUAAAUUCAAACAUUUGGAGGAAGCCUUUACAUCAGAGCAUUGGCUUGUAAGAAUAUACAAAGUGAAAGAACUAGACAACAGAGAGACAUUGGACCAUAAACCUAGAGUAACCAACAUUUUACCAAAACAGAAGUAUUUGUCAAAGAAGACUGCCAAAAGGAAGCGGGGCUACAUUAAGAAUAAACUAAUUUUAAAGAGAGGCAAGAGACCCAACAGGAAGACAGUUUAAAUACACUGUUCUGAUUGCUAAUACGAAGCAGUUGUCCUUGAGAUAACCAGUCUUUGCCUUUAGCUCAAGUCAUGUUUCACAGCAACAUGAGGGUACAGAACCAUCAUUGGUCCAGAUUAUUGUACAAAAUUUUCAGGCAAUGUCUGAUUUAAAAAAUGUUGGCUUAUUGAGAACAGCUGUUUUAGAUUUGUAAUGUGAAGCAAGACAGAGCUGCUGUCCAAGUCUAGCAGCAGAUUUUUUUUUCUUGGUACAUAUUAUCCUUCAAAUCUGUUGAGAAUUUGGACUGAUUGCACCAAAGAGCCCUCUAAUUUGGUCCUUGGCACAUGCAUACUUGUCAAUUUUUUUUUUUUUUUUAAAACAUACUUCAGCUGAAUAAGCAAUAUGUAAUGUAAACUAGAAUGGUGAAAUCUGUAAAGUGACUAGUUUUUCCAAGCUGUUGAUUUUUUUAAAACAAUUAAGAGACUAUGUACAU